AUGUAUGCAUGUCCAAAGCUUGUGGGUUCGUUUCCAGCGGCUCCCAAGCUUACCCAAUUUAAUUUAAAUAACAGUUUAUAUACACAGGAAUUAUAUCCUUCUGGGGAGUGGUGUCUUGUGGUUUCAGAAGGUUCCCUGCUGAAGGGCAUUAAGCGAGCUAGUGGCGUUUUCUCUUCUAUCACUAAGGUUGAAUUCCGUGGAUGUGGUUCGCUCAAGAGCUGUCAGCUAGACUUUUUGCCCCACUUUUCUAAAUUUAUAAUCCGAGACUGUCUAGAACUUGAAUCCCUUCGUAUACGUGAGGGACCUCUUCUGUCUCUCCAUCAAUUGGUAGUCAUAGGUUGUCCUAAUCUGAAGUCGCUGCCAGAAAACAUGCAUUCCCUUCUUCCUUCCCUUGAGAAGUUGGUUUUGGGCUUACUUCCACAAGUGGACUCCUUCCCUGAGGAGACACUGCUGCUGCCCUCCACUAUUACAUCCCUCGAAUUCAACUGUCUGAGAAAUCUGAAAUCUCUGGACUACAAGGAGCUUCAGCAACUCACUUCUCUUCGCAAUCUGAAGAUAUGUCAAUGUCCUAAGCUUGAGUUCAUCCCAGAAAAGUCGCUGCCAUCCUCCAUUGAACACCUUGAAAUCAUGGAUUUGAAAGAUCUGGACUACAAGGGGCUACAACACCUAACUUCUCUUCGUCAAUUGAAGAUCUGGAGUUGUUCUAAGCUUGAGAACAUCCCCGAAGAGUCGCUACCUUCGUCCCUUGAACACCUUGAAAUCUGGAAUAUGAAAGAUCUGAACUACAAGGGGCUUCAACACCUCACCUCUCUUCGCCGAUUGAAGAUUUGUGGAUGUCCGAAGCUUGUGUCUCUGCCGGAAGAGGGGCUGCCUUCCUCCCUUAGAUACCUGGAAAUCAGGAAUCUGGAAAAUCUGGAAUCUCUGAAUUACAAGGGGCUUCAGCACCUCAACUCUCUUCGCCGUUUGCACAUCUGGAUGUGUCCUAAGCUCAAGUCCAUGCCAGAAGAGGGGCUUCCCUCCUCCCUUGAAUAUCUUAAAAUUAUCCGUUGUCCUUCGCUGGCAAAAAGUUGUGAAAGGAAGACAGGAAAAGAUUGGCCCAAGAUUUCUCACAUCCCCGGUGUAACCAUAAAAAUGUUAUCUAAGGCUUAG